AUGACGAAGCGUUUGGUGCUGACGGGCGUAGCGGCGGCCGCCGUCGCGGUCGGCAGCUAUUACUGCAGCCACAUAGUGAGCCGUCGACGUGGUGGACGACCACCACGUCACGUCGCUGGCCGUCUCGCAGCUGCACCGCUUCAGUAUCGACGAGAGCUGCAGCUGUCCGGCCCGUGGGUGGCGCUGUGUGGCACGGCGUUUGACGUGGCCGGAGACCCGUUCUUUGACGCCACGUGCGCUGGCGUCUACAGCUCGUGGGUCGGCCAUGACGUCACGUUCUUGAUACUGCAACUGGGGCUCGUGACGGACGCUGCAGACGACGCCGAGGCGACCGCGAGUUACGUGGACCGCGAGUGGCAGUUGGAAGCUCUGCAAGGCGAUGACGAGGCGGCGAGACGCGGUCGCGAGCUGCUGCACGAGUGGUUUGCGCGCUUUUGCUCGCGCUAUCGAUUGGUGGCACAGCUACGUGACUACUAUGUCGGUGUCCACUGGGACGCGCUGAGAGCAGAGUUGCUGCCGUCGGAUUCUGAAUCGCGUCCAGUUGGUGGCAAGUGCCCGUUGGGCUUUGGAGCAACGAUGAAGAGCAAGGCUGUCUCGUACAACGAGGACGACGGAAAGGAGCUGAGAACAAUCACGUUCCAAGGACGACUGUAUGAUGUGUCACGCAUGAGUUUGUUUCAUCCGGAGAGUGGCCGAUUUGCGCAUUUCGUUGGUCACGAUGUCACGUAUGCGCUCGCGAUUCAGUCUGUGCGAGUGGAAGACUUGGAUGUUGUGCCCGAGAGAACGUAUACGUUUGCAGAACAGUUGAUGCUGGAGAGAUACCGGAGUUUCUUUGCGCGUGAGUUGGCGCUAGUGGAAAUUGACAAAACGCAAUGCAAAAGUGACGACGCUGGAACGAACGUGCUGGACCUGCAUCAACUUAUUGAGAACAGUAGCGGCAUAAAAAACGAAGAACGCGUGCUAUGCCUGAAAAAGACGCUGGAGAGUGCGAGUGCGAAGCACGUGAAUGCACUGUGUUCUCGCACUGCAAUGACUCCUUUGCACAAGGCUGUGGAAAAGAACCGUUUUGAUCUCGUGAAAGUGCUGCUCGAUGCCGGAGCAGACAUUGAGGCACGUGCGGCCCUAUACGACGGCGAGACACCGUUGGAAAUGGCCUAUCGAUUCCAUUUUGACGACAUUGCUGCUCACCUCAAGGCUGUUUCGACAGGUGGCGAUUGA